CUUUACUCUCUGGUUGCCCCCGCGGAAGCUACACCGCUUUCCCCACUAUCAUUUCGCCUUCGUCCAGGUACCACUUGGUGACGCACCUCUAGCAUCUUCCACGCCUUGCAAACAUCGACCUUGAGCAAAGGGACGCUGACUCAAGACGUUUUCUUUUCCUUCUGCUGCUGUAUUGUCCUUUUAGAUCCUUCUUUUGCCAAAAAGAACCGAAUAGACGGCAUCCAGUGCCUUGGCAGACUCAUCCUCAUCUUACUGCACCCCUCCUUCGACGCUUGAGCUCCGAUAGACCCAAACCAUGUCGUCCAUAUCAGUCGUGGUGAAACACCAAGGCAAGAAACAUAAUGUCGAGAUCGACCCCAACUCUACUGGCGAGGACUUCAAACUCCAAAUGUUCAGCCUGACCAACGUCGAACCCGAACGCCAGAAGAUUUUGAUCAAGGGUGGUCAACUCAAAGAUGAUGCCGAUAUGAGUAAACUCGGCUUGAAGAACGGUCAGGUCAUCAUGAUGAUGGGUACUCCAAGCGCUGGUGGCGACGCCCUUGUCCGACCAAAGGAGGCGAUCAAGUUUGUCGAGGAUAUGACAGAGGCUGAGCAGGCUCAACAAGUCGGUGCGACACCUGCUGGCCUGAUUAACCUUGGAAAUACAUGCUAUCUCAACUCGACCCUCCAGACUCUGCGUCUGAUUCCAGAGCUUCAGGAGGCGCUCAACACGUACCAGCCCGACGGCAACGCCAGCAGCUUUAUGAUGACAGGCACGAACAUGGACUUGGCAUCUCAACUCUCGAACUUGUACAAGAAAAUGGGAGAAACACAGGACUCCUUCCCUCCCAUGAACUUCCUGAACGCUCUGCGAGUGGUAUUCCCCCAGUUUGCGGAAAAGUCUAAGACAGGACAAGGCUUUGCUCAGCAGGAUGCAGAGGAGGCUUGGUCGCAGAUCGUGCAGCAACUUAACCAGAAGCUUCGCAUCAAGAGUGAAAACACCCCUGAGACCUCCUUCGUGCAGAAGUACAUGUCUGGCGAGUUCAGCUCGGUAAUGGAGUGUGAUGAGGAAGAGGCGCGCAAUGCCGGCGAACAGCCCAUCAUUAACAAGGAGAGCUUCGCCAAACUCAACUGCCACAUCGAUAGCUCAACGAACCAUCUGCGAGAUGGCAUUGCCGCCGCGCUGAAAGAGAAGCUUGAGAAGCAGUCAGAAGUCCUAGGUCGCGAUGCCGUCUACACCAAGACUUCCAAGAUCUCUCGUGCUCCCAAGUACCUGACAGUGCACUUUGUGCGCUUUUUCUGGAAGCGGGAGACUCAGAAGAAGGCCAAGAUCAUGCGAAAGGUGACUUUCCCCAUGGAGCUUGAUAUUGUUGAAUUCUGCUCCGACGAAUUGAAGAAGGCUCUUAUUCCCGUGCGCGACAAGGUUCGCGAGAUUCGCAAGGAUGAAGAGGAUAUCGAACGGGCCCGUAAGCGACGUAAGAAGACUCACGAUCAGGACGUCGGCGAUAUCCCAGGCGGCGCUGGUCUUCCCACCGAGAAGGAGAAGAAGGAAGCCGAGAAGAAGGAGGGCAAGUCAGCAGAUGGCGACGUUGUCAUGGGUGAGGAGGGCGAGACAUACAAGACGGACGCCGACAUCGAGGCCGAGAGAAAUACUUCCAUUCUUGAAGCCAAAAAGGAGCUCAACGCUCUGAUCAACCCCGAGCUGCGAAACGAUGAUGGCGCCAACCAGUCUGGUCUGUACGAGCUUCGAGGUGUCGUGACACAUCAAGGUGCCAGCGCCGAUAGCGGUCACUAUACCUCAUAUGUCAAGAAGUCUGCACCUGUUGACCCCAAGACUGGCAAGAAGGGCGAGGAGGACGGCAAGUGGUGGUGGUUCAACGACGACAAGGUUUCAGAAGUUGAAGCUGAGAAGAUUGCGACUCUCGCCGGUGGUGGUGAGUCUCACUCUGCUCUCAUUCUCCUGUACCGAGCCAUUCCUCUGCCCACUGCCGAGGGUGUUCUGGAGUAAAGAAAGCAACUGGGGAAAACUUUACUAGAAGUAUAUGGCCACCUGGGAAUGGUGCUAGAUGAUUUGAUGAAUAAAAACGGACAGGAGCAUGGCAUUGCAUGGCAGGGCGGUCAGGCGUAGGGAGAGAGCAUGACAUGUAACUCAAUCAAUAAAACGUUAAUUACAC